GCCGUCCCUUCCCAAACCCCAUUCUUUCGUCGUUUCUUCCUUCCUUCAUUCAUCCACCCGUUCCUCUCUUUUUCUUAUUAUCAUCACAUCACUACUACUAUAAUACUACGUGUGAACAAAAACCGAGUCUCCUCUUUCUCCAUCUUCUUCUUCUUCUCAAUUUCCCUCUUUACCUAAUUUCCUAUUUUAUAAUGCCCACGUGGUGGGGUAAAAAAUCAACCAAGACCAAGGAGCUUCUUCACCAGGAAGAGCCACGUGGCGGAAGCAGUAGUGGUGGAAGUAGCGGUGGCGGCGCCGGCGUGCUUCAUUUCAAUUUCAAUAAGUCUCCGAUUAGAAACGCUACCAAUUAUAAAAACGGUUAUUAUAAACCCGAAAACCCUAGAAGUUUCGAAGAUGCUUCUAAUUUUAGAAAUUCUCCCAGAUCUAGUAGAGAUUUCACUCCUUCAACCACCACCACCGCCACCGCCUCUUCUUCCUUUUGGGAUUCCGAUGCCGGUGAUAAGAUAGGCCUUCCUCUUCCUCGUCCUUCUGUUUCUUCUACCCAAAGCUUGAGCAAUGAUCAGGGAAUUACUUUUGGAUCUGCUUCUGUUUCUGGUUCUAGCGUUAGCUCCAAUGGCUCUUGUGAUGAUCCUUCAGCUUUUAACUCUCAGAUUAAUAGCGUUAGGGGACAAUGUGAAGCAAAGUUCAAUGUGAGGUCUAAAAGCCCCGGUCCUGGGUCAAGAGGACCUACCAGCCCAACAUCGCCACUUCAUCCAAGGUUGCAUGUUUUGAGUCUUGACUCACCUACAGGAAGGCAAGAAGAUGGAAGGAGCGAGUGUCAUCCAUUACCUCUCCCUCCAGGAUCCCCGACUAGUCCAUCUUCAGCUCUUCCCAGCAACACGAGACCAAAUGGAGUGGCAGAAAAUUGUAGCACUAACCGUGGCAGGUGGAAGAAAGGAAAGCUUCUAGGUCGGGGAACAUUUGGGCAUGUUUACCUGGGAUUCAAUAGUGAAAGUGGACAAUUGUGUGCAAUAAAAGAAGUCAGGGCUGUUUGUGAUGAUCAAACCUCAAAAGAGUGCCUCAAACAACUUAAUCAGGAGAUAGAUUUGCUGAGUCGGCUUUCACAUCCAAACAUUGUUCAAUACUAUGGAAGUGAUUUGGGAGAAGAAACACUUUCCGUUUAUUUGGAAUACGUGUCUGGAGGUUCUAUUCAUAAAUUACUUCAGGAAUAUGGGUCCUUCAAGGAGCCUGUUAUCCAAAAUUAUACAAGGCAGAUUGUCUCUGGACUUUCAUAUCUUCAUGGGAGAAAUACAGUGCAUAGGGAUAUCAAAGGGGCUAACAUACUAGUUGAUCCUAAUGGUGAAAUCAAGCUUGCGGACUUUGGAAUGGCAAAACAUAUAAAUUCUUCAUCCUCAAUGCUUUCUUUCAAAGGAAGUCCACAUUGGAUGGCGCCAGAGGUUGUAAUGAAUACAAAUGGCUAUAGUCUUCCUGUUGAUAUUUGGAGCUUGGGAUGCACAAUUCUUGAAAUGGCAACAUCAAAGCCUCCUUGGAGUCAGUAUGAAGGGGUAGCUGCAAUAUUUAAAAUUGGCAACAGCAAAGACAUGCCUGAAAUUCCUGAUCAUCUCUCAAAUGAUGCAAAGAAUUUCAUUAAGCUAUGCUUGCAUAGAGAUCCUGCAACUCGCCCUACAGCCCAUAUGUUACUUAAUCACCCCUUUAUUCGAGAUCAGUCAGCAACAAAAGCUGCAAAUGUCAGAAUAACCAAGGAUGCUUUUCCCUACAUGUUCGAUGGAAGCCGGACACCGCCAGCUUCAGAUCUCCAUUCCAAUAGAACUUGUAUUGCUUCUCAUGAUGCAGAAUAUGUAACAAAACCAGUUGUUGCAGCUUCCCGAGCAAUAAGGAACCCAAGAGACAACACAAGAAUGAUCACAUCUUUACCAGUAUCUCCGUGUUCAAGUCCAUUGCGACAGUCUGGUCCGGCACACAAGAGCUGUUUCCUUUCUCCUCCACAUCCAACUUAUUCACUGAUGGGACAUAAUACCCUUGCUUCAUAUGAAUCAUAUCCAAUGAGAUCAAAUGCCAAGUUUACUCUUGAUCCUUGGCAUGAAAUACCUAUGUACAAAGCCCAUACACCUGGUGGAUCCCCAAGGAGACUCAUUUGAGUUUCUAAUUGUAAAUACUCCUAGACUCUUUCUUGGUUUUCCCCAGCUUGCCUUGUGCUCCGUAGUUGAGCUUUAUUCAAUCUUAACUCUGAAUGUUCAAACUAUAUAAAAAACACUCUGGUCCAUUCUUUCUUUAUAAAUGAGAAAUAGAUGACGGUAGAAGUGACAAGUGUAGGAGACACCGUCUCGUUGCAGGCACUGGACUGGGGAGACCUUGUAGCUUGUAACAUUUUUCAUUGAUUACUGUAAGCAGACGGUGUUUGCCAUGUUUGUACUUUGUAGUAGUGUUUUUGUUGUAUAUUGUUAAUAGUCCAUGGCAGAAGAAUACAAGAGUAAAUUUUAAUACAUAUUUCUUAUUUCUUUUUCAAA